AUGGUCGCUCCGCCGUCGACGGGUGGUGGUGUCGCACCUGCGACUGCGACUUCGAAAACACCGUCCGCCCCUCGAACGAAUGGCAUCACACCCAAUAUGGCUACUCCGUCGUUCCCCUACAGCGCUCGUCGUGCCCCACCGCUCGAUUUGCGAACUGUUGAGCGCAAAGGCCAUCCCUCAAGUCGCGAUCCUCCUGCCAGAACGAGACCACACGGGAUACCAGAAGCACCCACAUUCAGACCGACUGAGGCCGAAUUCCGUGACCCGAUGGCUUAUAUUCGAAGCAUUUCGGAAAAGGCUAGCAAGUACGGGAUAUGCAAGAUUAUUCCCCCCGAAAACUGGAAUCCCGACUUUGCCAUAGACACCGAGCGUUUCCAUUUUCGUACUCGUCGCCAGGAGAUCAAUCUGGUGGAAGGAGGUAAUCGGACAAAUCUCAACUAUUUGGACCAGCUUGCCAAGUUCCAUAAGCAAUACGGUGCCCACCUCAAUCGAUUUCCAAGCGUUGACAAGCGCCCUCUUGAUCUGUACAAACUCAAGAAAGCCGUCGAGGUUCGUGGCGGGUUUGAGCGAGUUUGCAAGGACAAAAAGUGGGCAGAGAUCGGACGUGAUUUGGGCUACAGCGGCAAGAUCAUGUCGUCCCUGUCAACAUCGCUGAAAAACUCCUAUCAAAGAUGGCUACAUCCUUAUGAAGAGUGGUUGAAAUACGCCAAACCGGGAGUUCAACAGCAACUCGAGAACGAGCAGGGAGGCACAUAUUCACCUGCCGUUGCACCCCAUCAAUCCCCGGCGAUUCAACAUCCUCCACCGCCUUCCCAGUCUGCUCCUCCCGCUAUAAGCACAGACUCGCCCAGAGUGCAGCCUACCAGUGCUCCCGAACCUCCGGUGCACGCCGUUCCCGUGCAACCCCAACAGCCGCAACAUCAGCCUACUCCAGUGCCACCACCCGCUCAACCGAGACCGGUAUCCUCUUCCGGCUUUACCGCUGUUAAUAGUGGGUUUGCAGCCGUCAACAACCCUUCGGGAUUUACUGCUGUCAAUACGCUUAACACGUUACCCCCUCCCUUGAUCAAGAAGGAAGUAAAUGGGGCGUCUCCCUCGGCGCAGAGCCCUGCUACGUCUUUCCUCCCCAUCAACGGUCCCACUGUUACCACGGUACACCCACCGACGGCUCCCAUGCCAAACGGUCAUUUGAAUCCCCUCAAGCGAGCCAUGAGUCAUGAGAGUUUAAAUGGCGACUCGGGUUCGGAGAGCUUUGGUGGUGACUUGGAUGAUCCAAAUGGGAGACGCAGCAAGAGACCUAAGAAGAGUCCGCUUGACUCCUCGACAGUGCUCAAACAGCAUGAUCAUCUGCUUACUCAGGUAGACGGACAUCCAACCGUUCCGGGCAACAAUGUCCCCGGAACGCGACCUUCGACGCCUCAGGCUCGUUCGAAACCGGCAGCGCGUAGGCAAGGCGAGAAGUGCGAGAAGUGCGGUAAAUCCGACAACAAAGAGAGUAUCCUCAUUUGCGACACGUGUGACAUGGGCUACCACAAGCAUUGCAUCGACCCGCCCUUGCGGCAAAUGCCGGACUAUGACUGGCAUUGCUCCAAAUGCUUGGUCGGCACGAAUGACUAUGGAUUUGAAGAGGGUAGCGUUUACUCUUUGAAGCAAUUUCAAGAGAAGGCGAACAACUUUAAGGAACAUUACUUUGCGGCGCGGAUGCCCUUCGACCCCAUUACGAAUACCCAAAGACGGCCUACCGAGGAUGAUGUCGAGCGAGAGUUCUGGCGACUUGUUGAAGACAUCACGGAGUCUGUGGAGGUUGAAUACGGCGCGGACAUUCAUUCUACAACCCACGGCAGUGGCUUUCCAACCGUGGAGAAGAAUCCUCUGAACCCGUACUCUAAAGACCCCUGGAACCUCAACGUCAUGCCCUUCCUUGAGGAUUCACUUUUCAGGCAUAUCAAAGGCGACAUAUCGGGAAUGACCGUGCCAUGGUUGUACGUGGGGAUGUGUUUCUCCACGUUCUGCUGGCAUAACGAGGAUCAUUACGCAUAUUCUGCCAAUUACCAGCAUUUUGGUGCAACGAAGACAUGGUACGGCAUUCCCGGUAAGGAUGCUUACAAGUUUGAAGAGGCCAUGAGAAAGGCGGUUCCAGAAUUGUUCGAAACCCAGCCAGACCUGCUAUUUCAGUUGGUGACGAUUCUUCCACCGAACCAGCUGAGGAAAGCGGGAGUUGAGGUUUAUGCGCUCGAUCAACGUGCUGGACAGUUUGUCAUCACAUUCCCGCAAGCAUAUCACGCCGGAUUCAACCAUGGCUUCAACUUUAACGAAGCAGUCAACUUUGCCCCUGCUGAUUGGGAACCUUUCGGCGAGGCCGGGGUACAGCGACUGCAGGAAUUUCGUCGUCAACCCUGCUUCUCGCAUGAUGAACUACUCUUCACUGCUGCCGCCUCUGAUUCCUCGAUCAAGACCGCCAAAUGGCUGGGGCCAGCGUUGGAGCGGACCCGGGAUCGCGAGUUGGCGGAACGCAAAGAAUUUGUGGCUCUUCACCAAGCAUUAUCCCCGCAUGCUGCCUGUACGUUCGAUACCCUGGCUCCGGAGCCGUCUCCCGCCUGCGGCCUCAAGGUUCAUGUGGAAAAUAUUGAAUUGGAAGAGGAAGAGUAUCAAUGCUGCUAUUGCAAGGCCUUCUCCUACCUCUCUCAGUUCCGGUGCCACACUAGUGGCAAGGUUGCCUGCCUCCGGCACCCGAAAGAAGCCGAUUGUUGUUCGGAGAGUCUCCAGGAGCGAUCACGGGGACCAAACCACAGCUUGCUUUUGCGUUACACCAACCACGAGCUUGAGGCCGUCGUGCAGAAAGUUGUAGAUAGAGCUAACGUACCUGAAAUGUGGGAGGCCAAACUGGAGGCUCUACUUGCAGACGAUGCACGACCCCCCCUCAAAUCGAUGCAUACACUUUUGACCGAAGGUGAGAAGAUCCCCUAUCCACUCAAUGGAUUGGAUGACCUCGCCGCCUUUGUGAAAAGAUGCGACCAGUGGGUGGACGAGGCGAACCUGUACCUUACUCGAAAACAGAACAACCGACGCAAGAAUGAGAAAGUAUGGCGGCGGUCGUCCCUCCGUACAGGCAAGGCAGAUGAAAAGGAGGAACCGCAACUGACACUGGAGCGCAUGAAAGAGCUCAUUGAGGAUGGAGAGCAGCUUGGAUUCAGUGCACCUCAGCUCGAACUUCUCCAGGAAAGAGUGACGGUGAUUGAUGAAUGGCGAGCGAACGUGAAGCGAGUUCUAUCCGGCCUACAUCAAGCUACCACCGAGGAGUUGGAAACGUUGCUUGACGAAGGACGAUCCUUUUCGGCCGCCAUGCCGGAGUUGACCAGCCUCGAGAAGGUGCACGCGCGGACACAAUGGCUUGAAGAAGUUCGGCAGAUCCAGCAAGACGUACAGUCCAAGACUUUGGACGAAUGUCGGGCUCUCCUUGGGCGGGCUGAAGAACUAGACUUGGUGGCCCAGGUGCCUGAGGUUAUCUUCUUGACGGAAGUGGUACGGCAGGGCGAGUUCUGGGAGAUCAAAGCCAAGGAAGUCAUGGCUGCUGAGGAUGUGCACUAUCCACAGCUCGAGUCCCUGCAUUCGCAAGUGCAAAACCACGUGUUCCCAGUCAACAAAGAAACUCUGGAGCGGAUGGAUGUCAUCUUGGCUAAGAACCGGGAGGCGAAACGACAAAUCAUCACAUUGGUUGAACGGAGUCAGGAUCCAGACUUCCGUAAACGACCGCUGUACGUGCAUGUUCGCGAAGUGGUGAAGGGCCUGGAGGAUCUCAAUGGAAAACCCCAUGGCGCUGCCGACCUCGAACGAGAACUCCGAAGACAUGAGGACUGGAUGAGGAAGGGCAAGAAGUUGUUCGGCAAGGCCAAUGCACCGCUUCACAUCCUUGAGCAACACAUGAAGUUUGUGGAAGAGAAGAACAACUUCUGCUUUGAUCUGAAUGACACAUUCCGCCCGCCUAUCGAGCCUGCUUCCAGGGAGGCUACGCCGGCGGAUGGUCACGAAAAGGGCGUGCUCGGCGACGAUGAGAAGCCUGUCUUCUGUAUCUGCCGACAACCAGAAGCGGGUCUCAUGAUCGAGUGUGAACAUUGUCGGGAUUGGUAUCAUGCCAAGUGUCUGAAGCUCGCGAGAGGCAAGGUGAAGGAAUGCGAGACCUUUACCUGUCCCAUCUGCGAUUGGCGAGUCAAGAUCCCCCGUGAUGCUGCCCGGCCCAAGCUCGAAGACCUUCAAGCCUGGCAAGACGAGAUUUUUGAUCUUCCCUUUCAACCGGAAGAAGAAGAACUUUUGAAGAGAAUUAUCGAUAAAGCUCAGGCCUUCCGAGACUUCCUUACCAAAUACACAAAAGGCAAUCAACUUUGCCAAACGAGUGAAGAGAUGCCCGAAAUGCUGUUUUAUCUUCGCAAACUGGAGGGGGCAGAAGUCCUCCUUGCCUAUGAGACGAAUUUAUUCCGACAAGAACUACACAAGUGGAACCCGAUCGCCCCUGAGCCACCGCCAAUUUUGGAUCAGAGUCUGUCGACGCGAAAGCCGCGACCAACCAAACAACAGAAACUGAUGAAGGAGCUUGGGGUGGAGAAGCCGGAAGAUCUGCCACCUCAUCUUCGAGCCAAGACUUAUGUACGAAGGAGAACUCAAGAGGCAUUUGUGACGGGCCCGCUCUUGCCAAAGCCAUCGACGCAGUCUCCCUCAGCUCCUGGUUCAACGGGCAGCCCAGCUCAGAGCCAGGCCGCAGGAAAAUCUGAUACGCCCGGCGGGAUGCACGGACAAGGUUCAAAUGGCCAUGCCGGCCCCAGUGGUGCGUUUGAUCCUGGGUACAUGUCCGGGUCUGCCCCAUUCGGUGCCUCCUUUGGGGCUACCAGACGACCGUCAUAUUCUGCCAACUCACCCUCGCCGUUGUUCAGCCCCGGUGGUGACGAACGGCCCGGAGGCAUGCGGGAUCCGAUGCUGCCGACGUUCUCAGGUCACGCAACUGGCGAAUCUCGGAACCAUCACGAUUCAGGGUUUCUCCUCUUCCGUCCCAGUACCGGACUGGGGCUCGAUGGGGACGAUGACCUUCGUAACGCGUUUGGCAACGCCACCGCCAGCCAAUCGACGACUCCUCGCGCAGGGUCACCACCAAAUGGAGAAUACGACAAUAUGUUCAUGGAAAUCACCAACCACGAUGAGGACGGGAACAACGAGCAUAUCUCCAGUCUGGAACAGGUGGCUAGCCAUGCAAGCGAGGCGUUAGACAUGAUGCGGACGGCAAGUCCGGGGUCGGCCCAUGAUCCGGCAGCCUUAGAGGACGGAGAGCAUGUGUCGAAAAACUUUGACGAUUUCAUAAAUGGCGGAGAGCAGAGCUAA